UAGAGGAAACAAGAAAAAGGAAACAAAGGAAAAGAAGAAGAAUAAGGGAGAGCAAGGAAUAGACACGGGCCCACAGUAUAAAUAGUGCGCAGUCGCCAGCUUGCUUACUCAAUUUGCACCUGCUUGCUUACUCCCUUUGCUUCUAUACUUCGCUCUUCCGCUCGAUUUUCCCAAACCCUAGGCACAUCUCCUCACUUUCUUCAUCUCAAUUUUCGAUCAUUUGGUUGUAUUGCUGCAGACCGCCAGCUUCUGCAAUGGGAUUCUAGAAAUGCUGUUUUGGUUGUUUAAGUUUUGAUGUCUAUUCUCUCUGAGAUGCUCAUGCAGUAAUCUUCAAUGAUUUGAUGACAUGUCUCUUCAGAUAUUAUAGAAGUGUUUUGCUUAUGAUGUGACUUAUUCUAACUGGUGUCAUGGAUUUCGAUCCUAGAAUUACUUCUGAUGAACAUGGAUGGCAUUGUAAUUUCCACUUUGGCAAUGGAUAUGAUCUCAUUGAAGAUGUAACAAAUGAAAAAUCUUGUGAACAAGCAUUACAGUGUCUAAUAUCAAAGGCAGAUUCCGAAAUUCUUGCUCUUGAAGAUGAAUUGGCUACACUCCAGUGCCAAUUGAAAUGGGAUGAACCAAAUGAGCAGAGGGAUCCAUAUGAAGUCUGCUGUGAUACAUUCAAGAAGAAAAUUAAUAUUCUGACUAAUUUAAUUAUGAAUAUGAGAAAUGGGAAUGUGUUAAAUGGGCAUGAAAUGGCAUACAAAACUGAAAGGCCUGCUGAGAGAAUAUGUGACAUAAUUAAUGCUUUGAUUAAGCAGAAUUUUGCAGUGCCUACUGAGCAGGUUGAAGAAUGGGCCAAUGAAAUGGACUUGCUUUUCAAUUCUUGUUCAGUAGAUAUUGGCACUGACUCAAGACAAAAAGAAACCACUUCGGAAUUGUCUGCAGAGUCCAGGGAGCUGAUAACUGAUUUUGAAAGUCGUUACAAGCCUGUGGAGACUGUUUCUGAAGAAUCUUGUUCAGACACUACUAGAUAUGCAUUAAAGGAUCCAACUGAGGCCAGAAAUAUGGGCAAGAUUGAUGACAAAGUGACUGCAAAACCUGAUAUUGAUGCUUAUGAGUACACAGCUGAAGGGAAAAAUGAACUCUCUAGAUACAUGCAGGCCUACAGUAGCAAUGGAAAUUCAAAUUCUAAUGCUAUGCCACAUGGAGAAUAUGAGGAAUGCAUGGCCGCAUCAAAAAAUAGUGGAGGUGGCUCUUCACCUUUGUCUGCCAAAAUGGAAGUGGAUGUAAAGGUUGAAGUUGAUAAAAGUGAUAUGAGCAUCCAACGUGUUGCUGCUGAUUCCUUUUGUAAAACACAAGAUCAGGGAAGUGUAGAUGUCGUUCAGUGUCAUCAAGAGGUAAAAGAAAUUCUAUCUGAAAGUGUUGACGAUAUUCAAAUCACAUAUGGCAGAAAGAAACCCAGUUUGAGCGCAAUCGUAAACCCACAGGGACAGAGAUUCCAGAGGGAAAAUCUUGGUGGUGUCAGACGAUCUAACCCGAUGAUGCUAGAACCACAAGGGAAGAUCGGAAAGAGGAAAUUUUCCUCAAGUAUGAAAAACUUUAGACUAUCAAAUUCACUUUCUGAAGCAGAGCAAAACUUUUCUUGUCUUUCUAAAACAGUUUGGCAGAGAAAACCAUUAGACGUCACUCAUGGAAAUCAACCUCGUUUCGUAGGAGCCAAAGAGCAAGAACUUCAAGGAGCUAACUGUGAGAAUGCUAGUAUUCAUUUUCGAGAAGUGGAAGUUCUGAAGGGAGAUGAUAUGUGUCCACGUGAAAAUCUAACUUUAAGGUCACAGCAUGAAUUUGUAGUGUGCCUGAAAUCACCUCUUGCUGAAGAAGAAAUGGAUUCACUUUUUGAUCAUAUUCCUCCGAAUCCACCUAAUGUCGAGAAUAACAGUACUAUUUUAAGUAAGGUUGACGUAGUUGAGUCAUCUUCCUAUGAAUUGGAAAGCUUGAAAGAGAAGGUCUCAAAGGAAACUGAUUUUCUGAAGAAGUUGAAAGUACCUGUACUUAAAAAUAUCUUGAAGGCAAAAAAUGUGCGCGGAACUUCUAAAAUGAAGAAAGAUAAGAUGAUCGAAGAAGUGACCAAGCUUCUGAACGCUGCUGAAAAACUAUAAGAAAUAUAUAGAGAAACCAUUCAUUUUUCCUCCUAACUUACUUUUUGUCUGCAGUUUUUAGCUCAUUUUGUCUGGGAUCUGCUGUGGGAUUAUUUUUCAAGUCCCGAUGAGAAUUUGACGUAGGUAUAUAUAUGUUGAAGCAAAUAUACAUCAUACAGAAUUCACAAUUCACAGUGGUGAUUGUUGCUAGGGCAGAAAUGUUUUGGGGUAUCCUGAUACUGCUCUUUUCUUUAACAGUUCACUUCAUUAGAUAAUGACACUGAUGAUUCAUGUACAGAGAUAAAAAUGUAGUUAAACAAGGGUUUCUUAGUGUUUCUAAAUUCAAAUUAUGCAA